GGAUGAACCCUCCAUCACAUUUUGCAUAGCCUUGGUCGUUGUGUGUACCUUGUACGCCGCUUUGCCGGUCAAGUGGCGUAUUGAAACAAUUAUCGGAUUUUUUUUUACAGCCGGUUAAGUAUUAUAGCCUAGCAUAACCAAGGGAUGUAUCGGUACUAAUUGGAUAUAACCUAUGCCAGCAACGUUCAACUAACCUAUUCUAAUUAAAGGGUCCACUAUGGGCUCCACGUUCCCCUAUGCAGUGUUGUUGCUGGUGAUACGCUCUGUGUUUUCCGAUGACAUUUCCGAUGACAGACCGUGCGCACCCCUCCAAUUCGACCAGGACUCGGUCGUAUGUGUCUGUAACGCAACCUACUGUGACUCGAUCGCCGGAAGUGACGGCAUUCCGCCUCCCGUCAACCCCAUCAUGUAUUUCAGCUCCUGGACGUCUUCGCGAGACGGGCAAAGACUUAACUACACAAUGGGGUCAUUUGGAAAAUUCCAACCAAACAAAUAUGUGUAUACGGCAGGAAACGAAACAUUUCAAACCAUUUUAGGUUUUGGCGGUGCGUUUACGGACGCGGCAACCAUAACAAUGAAUAGCUUGUCGAAAAACACGCGUAAUAAUUUGUUAAACUCUUACUUUUCAUCAACAGGUAUUGGGUAUACAGUAGGUCGAGUCCCUAUGGCAAGCUGUGACUUUUCAAAACAAAUAUAUUCGUACGAUGAUACAGAUGGCGAUCUUUCAUUGGACAAAUUUUCAUUAACUGAAGAAGACAUAAUUUUCAAAAUCCCCGCUAUUAAAGACGCGAUGUCGGUAAGCCCGCGCAAUUUGUCUCUGUUUGGAAGUCCUUGGAGCGCCCCUGCGUGGAUGAAAACCAACAACAACAUGACCGGAAAGGGAACCCUCAAGGGUAGCCCAGGAGGCUCGUACUUUAAAGCAUGGGCACAAUAUUUUGUAAAAUUCAUCCAAGCCUAUAAAGACCAUGGCAUCGACAUAUGGGGUAUCACGGCACAGAACGAGCCCAGCGACGGUAUGAUUACCAACUUCCCGUUUCAGUGUAUGGGUUGGACGCCGGAAAUGCAGAGGGACUUCAUUGCCAGUGACCUAGGCCCGGCACUUGAGGCGGCUGGGCUAGGUCACGUGAAGCUAAUGAUUCUCGACGACGACCGCGUGUGGCUGCCGUACUGGGCGGAAGUGGUUCUGAAGGAACCAGCGUCGGCCAAGUACGUAGCUGGUAUCGCGGUCCAUUGGUACGAGGACCUGUUCGUACCAACCAGCGCCCUGGAUUUGACAUACAAACAGUUCGGUGAUAAGUACUUCCUGUUAAACACAGAGGCUUGCGAGCAGGACCUGGUGAACAAGGAUCGCUCCGUGCUGUUGGGCAACUGGUACCGCGGGGAGCGCUACUUCCGGGACAUCCUUGAGGACCUGGCGCACGGCGUGAGCGGCUGGGUGGACUGGAACCUCGCCCUGGAUCGCACCGGCGGACCCAACUGGCAGAACAAUCUUGCCGACAGCCCUGUAAUCGUAGAUGCCGAGAAGGAUGAGUUUUACAAGCAGCCCAUGUUCUACGCCAUGGCUCACUUUAGUAAAUUUGUUAAACCAGGGUCAAGAAUUUUAUCGUACACCAAGAACUUCACUGAGGAUAAUGACGUUGAGGCAAUAUUUUACACGUCAAGCGAACAGUUUGGCGUGUCUGUCGGAGCUAACUUUAUUAACACCAACGUUAACGAGAGCGUUUCAAUCACAAUCAAAGAUCCAUCUAACUACGGUAUGAUUAGUUUUGAUCUUCCUCCGAAAAGCUUUGUGACGUUCGCUUGGUGGAGAGCAUAGGCUACAGGCGACACAACCUGCUGUCCGAGCGGGGGUGCGAAAACAAUUAAUAGAAAAUGUAUUAUUGACAUAAUCGAAAUCCCGAAACUUCAUUGAAAGGAGUAUGAUAUAAAACAAUUUGUUAUCGCUCAAUCUCUAUGCCGUUUGCGUGUUUGUAUAGUUUCAAUGUUAAAUUGGCAAAGAGAGUUGACCUUUUUUUCAACGUCAGUCAAUGGGUCAGUCAGCAAAAUACCGAUUCAUGAUUGCCUUAGACAUCAAUCAAGUGUAUUGUUGCCUUAGACAUCAAUCAAGUGUAUUGUUGCCUUAGACAUCGAUCAAGUGUAUUGUUGCCUUAGACAUCGAUCAAGUGUAUUGUUGCCUUAGACAUCGAUCAAGUGUAUUGUUGCUAGCAGAAACUUUAUCAAUGCACUUCAAGAAACAGGGGUGUUUUCCAUGUAUUGACCUUUACUUUGAGUAAAUGUUAUUGAAGAUCUUUUGAAUGACAUUGAUUUUUAAUGAAAAUCCUUCAAUUGAUGCAGGAGAUAUUAAGCGUAUACCAAAAUAAAGAAGCCUAAACUAUUGACCUUUAAGUGUGAUGUUGACCUUGACUCGGCGUGACCUACUAAUACCGUCUGCACUCUUGACCUUGAGUUGGCUUUACCUACUAAUACCGUCUGCACUGUUGACAUUGAGUAGGCAUGACCUACUAAUACCGUCUGUACAUCGUCUCGAUGACCUUAACAUUGUUUCAUGAAAACAUUCCAAAGGGGAUUCGAAAUAUAGAGCGAUCAUGAAGUUGAGACUCUAGCUUUUAAACAUAAAGAAUGGCCUUGAUCUCAGGCCGGCAUAACCUACUCAUAACCUGCUCAUGCUUCCUGUGUAUCGUCUUUAAGAAUCAAACAUAUUAUUUAUCAAAGUUCCCUGAAAACAGCGUUAAAAUGAUGUACACAAUAUGGAGCACACAUCACAAUGGAGCCGCAAACCUUUGACCUGGAAGUACAACCUUGAUUUUUAGCCCGAGUGACUGACGCAGGUCUUCUGCAAAUUGUAUCACUGCACUUAAGAUUUGAGGUAAAUUUCAUGAAAAUCCGUCAAAUGGCAAAGAAGAUAAUUAUGGAAUGGACACAAAAGCGGAAGCUUUAAUCUUUGACACUGACAUUGAAACGGCGUAACCGAGCCAUGCAAUCUUCUAACCGACUAUCUGUUUAACAGGUGAGGAAAAUUCUAUGACAAUCUGUCAAAUUGUGUAUGAUAUAUUUUGAUAGGACACGAACGUGUUACAGACAGACCAAGGGACAAAGACUAUUUCCCCAAAUCCAAGUUCGGCUCGGGACAAAGAAGUGAAAUUGAGCGCAUGUCACAAGAAAAACAUUAAUAUGUCAGUAACCAUGGACUAUCAACAUCGCACAGGUUAUUAUACAAAUAAAUGAACAUGUAGAUUA